AUGCAGCAGCCCUUCAAUUACCCAUAUCCCCAAGUCUACUGGGUGGACAGCAGUGCCAGUUCUCCAUGGGCCCCUCCAGGGUCAGUUCUUCCAUGUUCGUCCUCUGUGCCUGGAAGGCCUGGUCAAAGGAGGCCACCACCUCCGCCUCCACUACCACCAGCACCACCGCCACCACUGCCCCCACUACCACUGCCACCUCUGAAGAAGAAGAGAGACCACAACACAGGCUUAUAUCUCCUUGUGAUGUUUUUCAUGGUUCUCGUGGCCCUGGUUGGAUUGGGGAUGGGGAUGUUUCAGGUCUUCCACCUACAGAAGGAGCUGGCUGAACUCCGAGAGUCCACCAGCCAAAAGCAUACAGAAUCAUCUUUGGAGAAGCAAAUAGGCCACCCCAAUCCACCCUCUGAAAAAAAGGAGCUGAAGAAAGUGGCCCAUUUAACAGGCAAGCCCAACUCAAGGUCCAUCCCUCUGGAAUGGGAAGAUACCUAUGGAAAUGCCCUGCUCUCUGGAGUGAGGUAUAAGAAGGGUGGCCUUGUGAUCAAUGAUACUGGGCUGUACUUUGUGUAUUCCAAAGUGUACUUCCGAGGUCAGUCCUGCAACAACCAGCCCCUGAACCACAAGGUCUUCAUGAGGAACUCUAAGUACCCCCAGGAUCUGGUGCUGAUGGAGGAGAAGAUCAUGAAUUACUGCACUACUGGGCAGAUGUGGGCCCACAGCAGCUACCUAGGGGCAGUGUUCAAUCUUACCAGUGCUGACCAUUUAUAUGUCAAUGUAUCUGAGCUCUCUCUGGUCAAUUUUGAGGAAUCUAAAACAUUUUUUGGCUUAUAUAAGCUCUAA